AUGCAUAAAGACUACGAAGACUAUAAUACGAGGACGCAUAAAGACUACGAAGACUAUAAUACGAGGAUGCAUAAAGACUACGAAGAUGAUACUACGAGGACGCAUAAAGACUACGAAGACUAUAAUACGAGGACGCAUAAAGACUACGAAGACUAUAAUACGAGGACGCAUAAAGACUACGAAGACUAUAAUACGAGGACGCAUAAAGACUACGAAGACUAUAAUACGAGGACGCAUAAAGACUACGAAGACUAUAAUACGAGGACGCAUAAAGACUACGAAGACUAUAAUACGAGGACGCAUAAAGACUACGAAGACUAUAAUACGAGGACGCAUAAAGACUACGAAGACUAUAAUACGAGGACGCAUAAAGACUACGAAGACUAUAAUACGAGGACGCAUAAAGACUACGAAGACUAUAAUACGAGGACGCAUAAAGACUACGAAGACUAUAAUACGAGGACGCAUAAAGACUACGAAGACUAUAAUACGAGGACGCAUAAAGACUACGAAGACUAUAAUACGAGGACGCAUAAAGACUACGAAGACUAUAAUACGAGGACGCAUAAAGACUACGAAGACUAUAAUACGAGGACGCAUAAAGACUACGAAGACUAUAAUACGAGGACGCAUAAAGACUACGAAGACUAUAAUACGAGGACGCAUAAAGACUACGAAGACUAUAAUACGAGGACGCAUAAAGACUACGAAGACUAUAAUACGAGGACGCAUAAAGACUACGAAGACUAUAAUACGAGGACGCAUAAAGACUACGAAGACUAUAAUACGAGGACGCAUAAAGACUACGAAGACUAUAAUACGAGGACGCAUAAAGACUACGAAGACUAUAAUACGAGGACGCAUAAAGACUACGAAGACUAUAAUACGAGGACGCAUAAAGACUACGAAGACUAUAAUACGAGGACGCAUAAAGACUACGAAGACUAUAAUACGAGGACGCAUAAAGACUACGAAGACUAUAAUACGAGGACGCAUAAAGACUACGAAGACUAUAAUACGAGGACGCAUAAAGACUACGAAGACUAUAAUACGAGGACGCAUAAAGACUACGAAGACUAUAAUACGAGGACGCAUAAAGACUACGAAGACUAUAAUACGAGGACGCAUAAAGACUACGAAGACUAUAAUACGAGGACGCAUAAAGACUACGAAGACUAUAAUACGAGGACGCAUAAAGACUACGAAGACUAUAAUACGAGGACGCAUAAAGACUACGAAGACUAUAAUACGAGGACGCAUAAAGACUACGAAGACUAUAAUACGAGGACGCAUAAAGACUACGAAGACUAUAAUACGAGGACGCAUAAAGACUACGAAGACUAUAAUACGAGGACGCAUAAAGACUACGAAGACUAUAAUACGAGGACGCAUAAAGACUACGAAGACUAUAAUACGAGGACGCAUAAAGACUACGAAGACUAUAAUACGAGGACGCAUAAAGACUACGAAGACUAUAAUACGAGGACGCAUAAAGACUACGAAGACUAUAAUACGAGGACGCAUAAAGACUACGAAGACUAUAAUACGAGGACGCAUAAAGACUACGAAGACUAUAAUACGAGGACGCAUAAAGACUACGAAGACUAUAAUACGAGGACGCAUAAAGACUACGAAGACUAUAAUACGAGGACGCAUAAAGACUACGAAGACUAUAAUACGAGGACGCAUAAAGACUACGAAGACUAUAAUACGAGGACGCAUAAAGACUACGAAGACUAUAAUACGAGGACGCAUAAAGACUACGAAGACUAUAAUACGAGGACGCAUAAAGACUACGAAGACUAUAAUACGAGGACGCAUAAAGACUACGAAGACUAUAAUACGAGGACGCAUAAAGACUACGAAGACUAUAAUACGAGGACGCAUAAAGACUACGAAGACUAUAAUACGAGGACGCAUAAAGACUACGAAGACUAUAAUACGAGGACGCAUAAAGACUACGAAGACUAUAAUACGAGGACGCAUAAAGACUACGAAGACUAUAAUACGAGGACGCAUAAAGACUACGAAGACUAUAAUACGAGGACGCAUAAAGACUACGAAGACUAUAAUACGAGGACGCAUAAAGACUACGAAGACUAUAAUACGAGGACGCAUAAAGACUACGAAGACUAUAAUACGAGGACGCAUAAAGACUACGAAGACUAUAAUACGAGGACGCAUAAAGACUACGAAGACUAUAAUACGAGGACGCAUAAAGACUACGAAGACUAUAAUACGAGGACGCAUAAAGACUACGAAGACUUUAAUACGAGGACGCAUUAA